AUUUUCGUGUGGUCGAUGGAUCCCGUCUCCCUCAGCCGGCCCCUAGGCCCAUCCCUGGCAUUUAUUAAUGGCCCCGCGUGGGAGAGCAGCGGGCUGGCCCCGCCCCCUGCCGCUGAAGCCACGCCUCCUCCGCACGCCCGUGCUCCUCGGGUGCGGUCUGCCCCCGCCCCCUCGGUGACGCCAUCAUCGCGCGCCGGGGCGCCCUGGCGGCGGCGGGCGGCUAUGGCGGCGGGGUCGGUGUGGAAGGGGCUGGUGGGGCUCGGCCUGUUCGCCCUGGCACACGCGGCCUUCUCGGCGGCGCAGCAUCGUUCUUACAUGAGGUUGACGGAAAAGGAAGAUGAAACAUUGCCCAUAGAUAUAGUGCUGCAGACUCUGCUGGCCUUCGCAGUCACCUGCUAUGGGAUAGCACAUAUUGCAGGGGAGUUCAAAGACAUGGAUGCCACUUCAGAACUCAAAAAUAAGACAUUUGACACAUUAAGGAACCAUCCAUCUUUUUAUGUAUUUAAUCAUCGUGGUAGAGUGUUGUUCCAGUCCCCAGACACAGUGAAUUCUUCUUCAAACCAAGAUGCUUUGUCAUCCAGCUCGGCACUGAAAUUUCGAAAACUUGAACCUCUGCGCCGCUAAGACUUUUACAGAUGAUACCAAUAACCCAGGACACUGAGAUGUAAUAUUCAAGCCGGGGAUGUAAACACUUUUUUUAAUUUCUGGAGCAGUAUUUAUAUUGAUCUUCCAGACUUUAUAAAAUAUAUAUAUAUAAAUAUAUAUAUAUAUAUAUAAACUAAUGACCUUCUUUGUACACUGUUAAUGAGAAUGACUGAAUUGUGGAUUGGCAAUGCAGUGUAAAUUCUACAGUUAUGCUGUGAAACACAUCUUCAAAGUUUCAGAUAUUAAAACAAGUUGCAGCUAACUUAACUUCAGUUAAAACAAAAAGCAAGCUAGUUUUUCCUGCAAUUAAUGUUCUUUGACAGGAGGGAAUGUUUGAGUGUAUUUAUUUUCUCAGUUUGCUUGCACUACAGUCUGUGGAUCCCCUCUGAAAUGCUGUGUGCACUGCAUCACUGAACAGCAGGAAAAGGAGCAGCACCCGAUCCUAGAAUGCCUGUGGGACACCAGCAUGGUGUGGCAGGGGAACUCAAAGAGAUUGCUUUCAUUUUUAUUUUUUUUACAAUGCUGAAAAACAGUUGUGUGAAGGGUUACUCUUUUUUUCCUGAUUUUUCACUACCACGUUAUUUCCUCGUUGCCCUCUCGUCUGCCACACUCCACGUUCUCCAGCUGUGAACUGGGGAAUGCUGAACGUUGUGUGCGUGCUGAACAUGGCAUUGGAGCCAGGUACAACCUCCAAGUCAUCUUUAUAUUUAAGUAUCAGUAAGAACUGUCCCUUUUGUGAGUGAUCCAGGGGUAGGGUCCAGCAGCUUGCUCUGUUUGCUGGCACUAAUCCAGGACAGCCACCCCUUUUCUGCCAACAGAGCCUUCCACCUUGAUUUUUCUAGUGAGCCCCUCGUUGAUUUAAUAUUACUGUCCUGAUUUCAUGUAUUAGAACUGAUCAUACUGUCUGUAACUCUUACUUAUGUCUAAAUUCUUAUCCCCCCUCAGGGUCUGAAUCAAUGCUAAAAUCUCUCCAUGCUAAAAUCUCUCUUGGUCUGGCUUUUCACCUCCCUGAUGCAGCAGAGGGAGGGUAGGUUGAGAUACUGGUGGGGCCAGCAAGAAUUUGGCCUGGUUGGAGGAUGUUUCACUGACACGGUGCAAACUCAGCCUUUUGUCCCGGCAUCUGUUGAGUUGUGUUUAGUAUUUUUUUUAAACUGUUAAGAACUGUCAAAGGCAAAAAGCUUGGCAAAAAUACUGUGUAAACCGAAGUCUCUUUUUCUAGCUCUGCCCGUCCUAUGGAGUGGGUGCCCCAGUGCUCGAGCAAUAUCCGUGGCUGCUGCUCUACAAUCACUCUUAAGCAUCUGGGUUUGAUUAGAAAGGGUUACUCUGCCAGCUGAAAGCAUCUGAGCUGCAGGAUUAGUUCCUAAAGUGUCCUGGUUCCCCUCUUGCUGGUGUCACAAAUCAGCUCCUGCCAGCACCGAAGGCCUCAGAAGUAGUAUUGGGUCAUCCCUCCACUGUGGACAGAGCUGUUCCCUUGGGGAGCAGGGCUGGCACAGAGGGGAGGCUGAACAUGGGCCUGGUGACCUUGUGGGGCAGAGGAGAGGCAGAAUUAGCAGAGGGAGGGAGAAGCACAGCAGGAGCUCAGGAACUGCUGUCAUAGACAGGUUCUGCAGCCAUGUUGCAUUGAGCCCUUUGCAGAGGGCCUUAGAGCAGAGCUGCUCACACAAAACAUCUGAGAAGCCCCAUUUGUGCUGCUGGAAGGCUGCAGGACCUGCCCGAGGUGUGAGGUGCUGCUGGGACAGGGAGGUGGAGAACAUCACCUGCUGCUCAGAGCAGGUCCUGCUGGGAGCACCCUGGGGCUGCCUCAGGGCCCUUCUGUGAGGAGUAGCCUCACUCUGCAGCAGCAGCGGUUCUAUCACAAAGCUGUACAAAUUAUUUUUUCUUAUUGAUCUCACAAUGUCAAAUAAAAAUUGAUAUCCUUAAA